GGAACUGAAAAUAUUCAUCCACUUCUCUGAGCCUUUUGAAAAGUGACUAAAUGCAACUGGGUCAGGUUUUCUGUGGGCAUGAAGUGGCUGGGAGAAUCCAAGAACAUGGUGGUGAAUGGCAGGAGAAGUGGAAGCAAGUUGUCUAAUGACCACCCACAGAAUCAGACCAAGUUGCAGCACACAGGAAAGGAGAAUCCGAAGAGUGGCAAAAAUGGAGUUGAGAGAAGAUCGAGCAGAUGUAGUGGUGCUGCAGGAUUUGAGGGCCAGAGUCGUUACGUGCCUUCCUCGGGGAUGUCUGCCAAGGAGCUGUGUGAAAACGACGACCUAGCAACUAGUUUGGUUCUUGAUCCCUACUUAGGUUUUCAGACACACAAAAUGAAUACUAGAUUUCGACCUAUCAAAGGAAGGCAAGAAGAACUAAAAGAGGUGAUUGAACGUUUUAAGAAAGAUGAGCACUUAGAAAAAGCCUUCAAGUCCUUGACGUCAGGUGACUGGGCCCGGCACUAUUUUCUUAACAAGAACAAAAUGCAGGAAAGGUUGUUCAAGGAACAUGUAUUUAUUUAUUUACGAAUGUUUGCAACUGACAGUGGGUUUGAAAUACUGCCUUGUAACCGGUAUUCUUCUGAGCAAAAUGGAGCCAAAAUAGUUGCAACGAAAGAAUGGAAACGGAAUGAUAAAAUAGAAUUACUUGUGGGCUGCAUUGCUGAACUGUCAGAAAUGGAAGAAAACAUGCUGCUGAGACAUGGGGAAAAUGACUUCAGUGUCAUGUAUUCCACGCGGAAAAACUGUGCUCAACUGUGGCUUGGUCCUGCUGCAUUUAUCAAUCAUGAUUGCAGACCUAACUGUAAGUUUGUAUCAACUGGCAGAGAUACAGCAUGUGUGAAAGCUCUAAGAGAUAUUGAACCUGGAGAAGAAAUCUCUUGUUACUACGGAGAUGGCUUUUUUGGAGAGAAUAAUGAAUACUGCGAAUGUUACACCUGUGAAAGACGUGGAACUGGUGCUUUUAAAUCAAGAGUGGGAUUGCCAGCACCUACUCCUGUGAUUAAUAGUAAAUAUGGACUGAGAGAAACAGAUAAGCGAUUGAACAGACUUAAAAAGUUGGGUGACAGCAGCAAAAAUUCAGACAGCCAAUCCGUCAGCUCUAACACUGAUGCAGAUACCACUCAGGAAAAAGCUAAUGCAACUAACAGGAAAUCUUCAAUUGGCGUAAAAAAGAACAGCAAGAGCAGGACAUUAACAAGACAGUCGAUAUCAAGAAUUCCAGCAUCAUCAAAUUCUACCUCAUCUAAACUAACUCAUAUAAAUAAUUCCAGGGUACCAAAGAGACUGAAAAAGCCUGCAAAGCCUUUACUUUCAAAGAUAAAGUUGAGAAAUCAGUGCAAAAGGCCAGAGCAGAAGAAUGCUUCUAGAAAGCUGGAAAUGGGAAACUUAGUUCUCAAAGAGCCGAAAGUAGUUCUGUAUAAAAACUUGCCCCUUAAAAAGGAUAAAGAAUUGGAGGGACCAGUCAAAGUUGCAGUCUCUAGUGGAUGCUUAACAAGGCAUGCAGCAAGAGAAUAUAAACUGAAUUCUGUGAAAGGUGCUCAUGAGCAGGCUGGCGAGGUACCACCCUGCACAUACAUAACACGGAGGUCGGUGAGAACGAGGAUGAGUUUGAAGGAGACCUCUGACAUAAAGCUUGAACCAAAUAUGUUGGAUAGCUAUAAAAGUAACUUGACUGGGACACGAUCGGAUGUUUUAGAGCAGCAAUCCCAUGCGGUAAGUGAGACUGACUUGGCUCCCCGAGCAUCACAUAAAGGGGAGGGGAGGUGCUCCAAAAAUGACACAGGCGUGUCCAAAAAGAAAUCCCGGCAAGGAAAGCUGGGGAAACCCCCUGCAAAACCAGAGGGAACUGAUGUUACGCACAACGCCCCCGUUAAAGAUGAAGUACCAGAUUUGAUCAGCUCUCAUCCAGAACAUGGAGAAAAUAAUAAUGUUGCGGACACACCAGUCAGCUAUAAUAAAGACUGUAUCCCUGGAUCUGGUGGCUGCUCUGUUGUAACUUCUGACAAUUUUAAAGCAAAAGACAGCUUUAGAACUGCAAAAAGUAAAAAGAAAAGACGAAUCACGAGGUAUGAUGCACAAUUAAUUCUUGAAAAUAGCUCUGGGAUCCCUAAACUGACUCUUCGUAGACGCCAUGAUAGCAGUAGCAAGGCAAAUGACCAAGAAAAUGACGGAAUGAAUUCUUCAAAAAUAAGCAUCAAAUUAAGUAAAGACCAUGAAAGAGAUAAUAAUUUAUAUGUAGCAAAGCUAAAUAAUGGGUUUAACUCAGGAUCAGGCAAUAGUUCAACAAAACUAAAGAUACAGCUAAAACGGGAGGAAGAAAACAAAGGGCCAUACCCUGAGGACCUUCAUGAAAAUGGUGUGUGUUGUAGUGAAACUCUCUCCCUUUUGGAGUCGAGAAUGGAAGUAGAUGAUUAUGGUCACUAUGAAGAGGAAACAGCAGAUGAAUCUUCAUCAGAGGAGGAUGAUGAAGAGGAGGAUGACUAUGAUGAUGAAUUCGAUGACUUUAUUCCUCUUCCUCCAGCAAAGAGAUUAAGGCUCAUUGUUGGCAAGGAUUCAAUAGAUAUUGAUAUUUCUUCCAGGAGGAGAGAAGAUCAGUCUUUAAGGCUCAAUGCAUAAGCUUAUAGGUCUUAAACUGACCAGGAUGUCAUUUUUAAAAACAAACAAACAAAAAACCAACAAAAAUUCCA